AUGCGGACCAGCGACCUUUCCAAUGUCUUUCGCAACCAGUACUCUAGCGAUGGUCAGCUUGCUGCUUAGACCUAGACCAUGAUGCGUACUUCGCACGGCGGUCCGUCUUGGCGUGUGAUGGUGAUGUGUGCAGUGUCGAUUCAACUGCUUGACGGCACGACAUUCAGCGCUCAACCAAAUGGCCAGCCGGAGCUUUCAGACGUGUCGCCGGGCAUCACGUUAUAUGACCUCCAGGCCAACUUGUGUUACGUGGUGGACGAGCUUGUCACGGGAGAGCAGAUGCACCAGGCGGCUCUAAGGCGGAGGGCCAAUGGUAGUGAUAUCGAGAAGGCCGACACCGAGGCGUCGACGGACAACCAGCAGCACACUGGCGACAGUGGGGGGUGGCGUGGGCUUUAUGAGGCCCGCAAGACCAAACGAACACUUAUCGAGGCGGGCAGCCCACCGGUCAGCAAGAGUGCCGCAGUAUGUCUCUCUCGCUGCCUUGUAUGUAUGUCUUCCUUGAUUGAUUGCACGAUGCCAUCCCGGAGGUCCUCGCGGGCCUCGCACCGACAGUGGUGGAGACGCCAUGUGGCCAUGCAGCAGAUGAGGUGCCCACGAGUGGCGCGUCGUCGCCUGUCAGCUCAACCCAAUCGCGGCCAAGCGACGCCCACACAGCCGCCCUGA